CGCUGACCCCUAAGCGGGUCCCACUUGGGGACUCUUUCUGGGAGUGAGGGGAAGUGGGGAGACUGUUGCUUCGGUGGAAGUAGGUGAUAGGUCGCUUGGAUUUCCUUCUCAGACUUAGCGAUAGGGCCCUCUCCUGUCCGAACUACGAUUUUUCUCCUUCAAAGGCCCUUCCGGGCGCUCGGCGGCCGGACGGGUUUGCGGCCUCCGCCCUCCGCGCGCACCCUCCCGCGGCCGCCGGGCUGCCAUGGCGACGCUGCUGCGCUCGGCCCUGCGCCCUCUCCGCCAGCUCGGCGGCCGCCGAGGGCCGGCUGCAGAUGUGCGGCUCCGAGGCGUGCGCCAUGGCGCCGGCCUGCUCUACCCGGGGCACAUCCCCACCUCCCCGCUGCAGAAGCUGCUGCUGGCCGCCGGCUCGGCCGGAAUGUCUCUCUAUAACCCGUACCGCCACGACAUGGUCGCAGUUCUAGGGGAGACCACAGGACACCGUGCCCUGAAGGUCCUCAGGGACCAGAUGAGAAAGGAUCCAGAGGGUGCCAAGAUCCUGCAAGAGCGUCCCCGGAUCUCGCUGUCCACCCUUGACCUGGAUAAGCUCCGUAGUCUGCCUGAGGGCUCCUUUGGCCAAGAGUAUCUCCGUUUCCUGGAUGUAAAUAGGGUCUCCCCAGAUACCCGCGCACCCACCCGAUUCGUGGACAAUGAGGAGCUAGCCUAUGUGAUCCAGCGGUACCGGGAGGUUCACGACAUGCUCCACACCCUGCUGGGGAUGCCCACCAACAUCCUGGGGGAGAUCGUGGUGAAGUGGUUUGAGGCUGUCCAGACCGGCCUACCCAUGUGCAUCCUGGGUGCCCUCUUUGGACCAAUCCGACUCAGUGCCCAGAGCCUGCAGGUGCUGGUUUCGGAGCUGAUCCCGUGGGCCAUGCAGAAUGGGCGCAGAGCCCCGUGCGUCCUCAACCUGUACUACGAGCAGCGCUGGGAGCAGCCCCUGCUAGCUCUGCGGGCGGAGCUGGGCAUCACAGAGCCCCCCACCGUGCACGUCAGGGGCCCGGCCUAGGCCCUGAGCCGCUGCCCACCCCCCACACACCUGCUCUAGGGGCAGAGGACUCUUUGGCCAUUACCUUGGUUCCUUUUCUUUGAACACAGACCCCUGGACGUCAUUUGUCGUAAUUUGUCAUAACCACUGAUAAUGGCUUUGAGGACCCCCCAGGAAGGAGCAGGCAGUGCAGCGGGGUUCCCAGGGGAGCCAGGAGCUGCCCAAAGAGCACUGGGUGUGAGCAAGAAUCAGUCGUCCAGCCUGGUGCUGGGGUGUCUCAGGUCCACGACUCCUGUUCUGCACCCGUCCCUGCCGUCCCUGCCAACGAGGGUUUUCUGGGUGCCAGGCUGGGUGUCCUCCGGGAGGAAGGGUUUCACCAGUUCCAAAGACCUGAGAAGGGGCAGGUGAGUCUCCACUGUCUGAAUAAAGUCUGCCAUCAGACCAA